UGGCGCAGAUCCGGAAAGUCAAGAUGAGCCAACAGUAUUUUUUCUGCGUUUUUGUAACAAGGGACUUUCAGUUUUAAGAGGAAAUAACACACUCAGUUACUGUCUUUUGAGUAUUAAGGCUUUACAAUACACGUUUCUUACAGAGGAACACACUCAGCUAGCUAACUAUUUAACUUUGGUGAUUCAUUCGUGUCCUAAGCUUGGGGAGGGGACUGUACAGGGGUGGGACCGUCUGAACUUUCAAGAUCAAGACACAUAUCUGCCUGGGAAGGGCAGUGGCGGAUAUUUCAUCGAAUAGUUCGGAGUAGCAUUUCUUUCUUCUACCGGUUGGUACAGAGACACCUCUUAUAGAUCACAAUGUUUAGCUGGUCUAAAAGGAAUGGGAAAAAGGACCCAGAACUAUUUCAGAAUGUAUCGGAUGGACUCAAGCGCCUCUACCGCAAUAAACUCUUCCCUUUAGAGGACACUUACCGUUUCCAUGACUUUCAUUCUCCGGCACUGGAAGAUGCCGAUUUCGACAACAAACCCAUGGUACUUUUGGUUGGCCAGUAUUCAACUGGCAAAACUACCUUCAUCCGACAUCUAAUGGAGCAGGAUUUUCCCGGUAUGCGGAUAGGCCCAGAGCCAACUACUGACUCUUUCAUAGCGGUGAUGCACGGGGAUCAGGACGGCGUAAUACCGGGUAAUGCCCUCGUUGUUGAUCCGAAAAAACCCUUCCGAAAGCUCAACGCAUUUGGCAACGCGUUCCUGAACAGGUUUAUGUGUGCUCAGCUGAAGAAUCCUGUUCUGGAGAGCAUUAGCAUCAUUGAUACUCCAGGCAUCCUGUCAGGGGAGAAACAGAGGAUCAGCCGAGGCUAUGACUUUGCGGCAGUUCUCGAGUGGUUUGCCGAGCGAGUGGACCGCAUCAUCCUGCUCUUCGACGCCCACAAGCUGGACAUCUCGGACGAGUUCUCCGAGGUGAUCAAGGCGCUGAAAAACCACGAGGACAAAAUGCGCGUGGUGCUGAACAAAGCAGACCAGAUCAGCACACAGCAGCUUAUGAGGGUGUACGGCGCGCUCAUGUGGUCGCUGGGGAAGAUUAUUAACACACCCGAGGUGGUGCGGGUCUACAUCGGCUCGUUCUGGGCACAGCCUCUCCUUAUUCCUGAUAACAGGAAGCUGUUCGAAGCCGAGGAGCAGGACCUUUUUCGAGACAUCCAGUCUCUUCCUCGGAAUGCCGCCCUGAGGAAGCUGAAUGAUCUGAUCAAGAGGGCCCGUCUCGCCAAGGUUCAUGCAUACAUAAUCACCUCACUGAAGAAGGAGAUGCCCGCUAUGUUUGGGAAAGACUCCAAGAAGAAAGAACUUAUUACCAACCUGGGUGCAAUCUAUGAGAAGGUCGAGAAAGAACACAACAUCUCUCCUGGUGACUUUCCCAACCUCAAGAAGAUGCAGGAUCUCCUGGCCAGCCAAGACUUUGCCAAGUUCCCCGUCAUGAGGCCCAAGCUGCUGGAGGCCGUGGAGGACAUGCUGGCCAAUGACAUCGCACGCCUCAUGACGCUCGUGCGGCAAGAGGAGGCAGCCAUGCCUGACCAGAUGGUGAAGGGCGGAGCCUUCGAAGGCACCAUGAACGGCCCGUUUGGCCUUGGCUACGGCGAGGGCGCCGGCGAGGGCAUCGACGAGCUAGAGUGGGUGGUGGCCAAGGACAAGCCAUCCUACGAUGAGAUCUUCUACACACUCUCCCCCGUCAAUGGCAAGGUAUCGGGCGCCACCGCCAAGAAGGAGAUGUUGAAGUCCAAGCUGCCCAACACGGUGCUGGGCAAGAUCUGGGCGCUGGCCGACGUCGACAAGGACGGCUUCCUGGAUGACGAGGAGUUCGCUCUUGCCAACCAUCUGAUCAAGGUGAAGCUGGAGGGCUACGAGCUGCCAGCCAAGCUGCCGCCUCACCUGGUGCCUCCCUCCAAGCGUGAGCAGGGCCAGGACUGAGACGCUUCGGAUCUUCUGCCGCACCACUUGGACCUCCACUCCCUCAGCCAUUCCGGGCAUUUGUUCUGAGAGCGACCUGGCUGACUUUACUCACACACCAUCUCUUUCAUUGUCAAAUGUACAAGGGUGCUGUUUUUUUGUUUUUUUUUGUUUUUUUUUGGAGGGGCUGUUCAAUUUAUUGUAGUUUGCUCGUUAGUAGCAGUGGGUUUUUGGACUGGUUCAUUCUGAACACAUUUUUGGCGAUUUUCUUUUUUUUUUUUUUUCUCCCCCAUCCAUUUCAGAUGUCCUGCGCUCUUUUUUUCAUGGUUAUUUAUUAAAGUGAAUAGAGUACAGUAAUCAGGGCUGGUUAUAUGUUUAACUAGUCAUUGAGCACCCAACUGAGUUAUCUUAUGGGCUCUGGAAUAUGUCCGAUUGAAUUUCUGGGAUAAUUCUAGAGUUCCAAUGACUGAACUGAAAAGUUGAGCUGAGAAAUGAGUCAGUGCCAGUGAUGGAUUCUUGGGAUUGGAUGUCUGGAAACUAGGAUGCCAUUUUCAGAGGGCUGUUCAAAAUGAGAUUGCUGAAGGACUUAUGGUAUUAAGAUGAUGUACGACAAUUUUGGGGGAGGAUGGGCCAGGAGAGACUGUUGCAGUGCAUUGUUAGGAACUACUCAUGGAAAAAUCAAAAUGUGAACCAUUAAUACAUCUUAUUCCAAAAUAAAUCAUUAUUUCAUUGUGUAAACCUAACUUAUUCUUCUCCAAAAUCUGUAUUUUUAUAUUUUUGAAAUUUGCCAUGAAAAUUCUUUAUGUACCUUAAAAUGACUGUCAUUACAUUUUCAAGUGUCUUCAGAGGUGUUGGGAUUUAGUUCCUCCUUUAGAUCUUCUUAUACUAAUGUUAAUCUAAUGAAAAAUAAAGCAAGCUGUUAAUGAAAAGUUAGUGUUAAA